AUGGCCUGCGCGAAUGUUGGAAGCUCAAACCCUGAUAUCGCAGGGCUAGGGAUUAUUCUUUCAUUUGUCAUCCAAGGUGGUUUGUCGUUUGCGUUGUCUAUAUAUUCUGCUGGUUUGGACACCAGAUUUGCAGAAGUGAGGCUUCCGAAGAUCUCGCAAAAGUUAAUGACAGUCUUCUUUCCUCGAUCAGACCGUGACGAUAUUGAGAAAUGCCAUGUUCUCAAUGAAAGGAAAUCCAAUGUUCGAUUAAUUUCACGCCGGUUGAAAAAGUGGUACAUCGACCAAUUGCUAGCUAUCAUCAGUGAUGUGCAGACAUUGAAUGUGCCUGAAGGGAUCUCACUCUUGAUUGGAGCUAUGGCUCAACACGCUACUUUAAACUUGUACCAUUAUCACAUUAUUUAUGACAUAGCCAGCUUAACCGGAAUUUCAGUUUGUGCUUCGCUCGUGAAUGUGUUUGGGCAUAAGAAAACUUCUAUUUUGGAUCGUUCCCUUUUAUUGGUCGUCUUCCUAUUCUUAUAUCUCGCUUUUGUCAUCAUGUUCGGCAUGAAGUUAAAAACAUGGGAUGAUGAUAUUCCUGGACAGUGCUAUAAUGCUGACCGAAUUUCGGAUUCGACAUCCUCGCAUCCUUACGUGGACAACAUAUACCUUUCGUUGACCUGCCUAUAUUUUGUUGUUAGCAUGGGACUCUGUUUACAAGUCCCCAUGUUACCAUCACAUGAUAUAUUGACGAAAACCGGAAAAGAUAUUUCAGCAGAUCUUGGAAUCUUCCAGGAGAAUAAACAGCUUUCUUCCACUGACGUGGGAUUGUUGUUCGUUAUAGGUGUCAUCAAUGUGCUAUCAACUAAACUACCCCCAAAGCUACGACAACUGUGCGACCUUUUCGUGGAGAGUGUCAAACAACUCAAUUAUGUGGUGACAGACAAUAAAUUCAGCGUUCUGCUACUUGCGCUGGUUCAAUAUCCACUACAUACCUACAUGUUGAUCGCAUUGAGAGAAGGAAACGACAAGCUUCUGGAUGGAGACUCUGAGAACUAUUGGGGAUUCGGCCAGGUGGUCGCUUUGAUCUUGCUGGCGUCGUCUCUUCUGCAAGGUGCUCGACUCAUAAGUAUCAUGGAAAGUCAAAAAGCAUUGAGAACAUUCAACGCCGCGAUAUGCGUAGGAGGAGAAGCUGCCAAUGGUAAUAUAGAUCGCUGUCUAGGGUUCUCGCGGAAGAAUAGUCACAAAAACAAAAAUCGGUCUAGAGCUCGAAGCCGCCGACGCGAGAAGACGGGCAAGAAUAUUCUCAAAACCACGCUUACAAAGCGCCCCAACAAUCCACUUUCGUCCAUGAACAAAUCAACUUCUACACCUUCUUCCCCUUCGCCGUCCGUCGAGAACUCAUCUUCUACUCCCCCGCCUUUGCGUUCUUCUUCGCAAGUGUCAUAUCCAACGCUACCAAGAGGAGGGCCUUUCGUGCAGAAUGACUCAACGAGUGUUACUUCACGAUCGAACACUCCUGGCCAGUUGUCACCAUAUAGUAUACCAAGUGUAUCACUGAUUGAUUUGACCAACGAUGACGACAACUCGUGCCCACCCACUCCGACUCCAUCAUCCCGCCUAUCCCGCCAGCCCCGCAACAAUUCGACGACGACGAAGGACAAUCAAUACAUCGCCUACAAAGACUCAAUAGAAGAGGGCGAAAUUGACAGCAAAAUUUAUAGGCGGCUCGUCGAGGGACCGAAAUCACUGAAAUAUCCAGCAUCACUUGGUCAUGUUUAUUGCGUAUUGCGAGAAGAAACUCCGGGAUACAUCAAGAUCGGAUCAACUGGGCAUGAUGUCGGUACGAGGAUAGCCCGAAUUAGUCCUAGGAAACGGUUUGGAACACUUAAAUACACAGUAUCAGCAAUGUCCACUUAUUUCCAGCUGGUUGAAAAGGUAAUUCAAAUUGAAUUGCACAACCAGAGAAAGGUGUCAAUGUUCAAGGAUAAGUUGGGCGCGCAAACAUAUGAGCACACUGAUAGAGGAGAAACGAUAACCGGCUCCCCAAGACAGAAAAUUGAGAGUGGAAAAACAGAAUGGUUCCAUAUCGAAGCGAAGCAUGCCGAUGAAGUGCGCGACAAAUGGAUAACUUGGUCCACACAGCACAUGCCAUACAACAAAAAUGGCGACUUAAACGAAUUUUGGGAGAACUGGUUUAAACGGCAAAUGGAAAUAGAUCCCUACCGCAAAGCUACGCAUGGCAGUUUACAUUUGCGUUGGAAGGGUCUCCUCAAUCCUACACUAUUGGAAAAAUCCUGUCACUACCUGGCCAAGAGAUGGCCCGUAGUCGACCAAUGCUAUCUUCGGGUGAAGCAUAACCAACGGACUAUUCCUUGGAUAUGGUAUUAG